AUUUAAUGACGCGGUGAUUCUGGUUCCUGCGCUACUUUCGAAGUCGUCUGUAAAGAAGUAUUGUCUGUUUUGUUUGUUUCAAAAUAUGUAGAUACAUACAUUCAAGUUUUAGUUUUACUUUAAAUUAGGAAAGUUUGUCGUUCCUACUUUCAUUAGUAUUUAACAUGAUGCUUCUAUGGCUUCAAAUCACAAGAACGUUUGCUUUGCUUUCAAGUAUUUGUGCAUUACAUUAAUAUGUUACGUUCAUCUAAUUCUUGUUUUCUGCCGUUUUUACAACAAAAAGCUGUCUUACUGGUCUCGUAAGCCUGGUGGGUAUUUAAUUUUUCUCUAUCUUGCAAUGUUUAAACCAGCAGCUUUCAUAUCUCUAGACUUCAGGUUGAUCCCAUUUACAAAUUUAGCGUGUUGAUGGAGGGGAUUGAGGGAAAUUACAAAGGAAUAGGCUAAAAUUGAUUCAUUGAGUAGAUAAAACGAGGCAUGAAGAUGGAAAAAAUGUAUGCGUAAAACAAACGGAUCUGGUGACUAAUUUAUUGGAUUUGUUGGAGCGACGUUUAUAAACUUGUUAGUUACUAUGUAAAAUGCACUUAAAAUGGUCUGGUGAGGAAGCCGUGGCCGAAACGUUUGAGACAACGUUCCGAAAAUCCCAGUUUGAAGUCACAAAAUAAGUAUCUCCACUAAGAAUCCAUUUUGCUGAUAAUUUUUCCUGCUGAGUCGUUUUUGUUUAUAUGCAUUUGUAAUUAUUCCAAUUCAAGAAUCAUUUUUAAGCAUAUCGGGCAAUUUUAUGCGGAUAUUUUACGCUGUUUUCCUAACGUAUACUAACUCCGUCGUUUUGCUUAGUCACUGCUUAGCUUUCUCUAAUUGGCCCUGUCCUCAACAAUAUAACUCAUAUAGAGCAAACUAAUGAACCUUCAUAUAUCAGUUAUAACUACUUGAUACAUCUAAUGCUCGGUUUCACAUAGCUUCUGAGAUUUACCGGCUUUGAGAUGUAAUACAGGUUCGUUGGGUUUCUCGUAGUUAACUAAUCCAGCUAAGAGUUUCAUCAUUAAACUAGUUCACUAACUUUUUUGAGCCGAAUAUUAGUCAGUCAGUUAGUCAGCUACAACGUAGGACCAGGCACAUAUAUGCAUCGGUCCAAGUUGUCAAACCUCAUUAGCACAACAAGAUGAACACCGAAUUCGUAGUAGCUAUACCAGCAGUAGUAAUGUAUAAAUGAAAGAUUGCAAAUAAAGACAGUACAGGAAGAAAGAAUUUGUUCGUAGGAAGAAAGAUAUGAGGCGGUUUUAAUCUCUUAGUUUAAAGGAAGACAAAGAAUGUAUACAGCUACGCCACUGCGAACGAUUCUGAGUCAUGUCACCAAGAGUCUCCAACCAUUGGUUACGAUAGUCACGCGGACCCCAACCAAGUAGCCUGCAUCUACCAACAUGGCUCAGACUAGAAGUUAGUGACUUCAAGCACUGAUGCCACGUUUUGGUUUGGCCGUCCCUAACUUUCCUCCAACCAUCCCCAACACCAGUCAGCAUUACGUUUUAUGUUAAUCGGUGUUCAAGCAUGCGUAACACGUGGCCCAACCAUCUCAGUCGAUGAAGAUUCACAACCUCAUCAACUGAUUUACCACCAUUCCCUAAUACCCUGCGUCUAAUAUAAUAAUAUAAUAUAAUAUAAUUAUGUAAAAGCACUCGAGUUUACAGAACCAAAUAGUCACAACUUUUUUCCCUCCUAUUCCUUCAUACAAUUUAUGUAUCUUACCCUUUGUUACUAGCUGGAUUUACAUCUGAUGCCACCUCCCGCGCUCUUCUUGAUCUCUAGAUCAUUAUCUAAUCUAAUUCCUAAAUUUAUUUUACCAUCUUAGUGCGUUUAAUGUCCUAUGAGGUGUAACCGUUGAGAAUAGGUGUGUUUAGCUCUUUGUUAGUUCUAGCCUAUGUAAUGAAUGUAGGUGGUCUGAAACAACACAUUAAUGUCAUCAGUCGUCUAGAAUGACCUCCACUAUAGACAAAUCAAACGCUUCCAAAUAAUCAAUUACAUAUUGUCAUACUAUCGAAGACUGCAAGCUAAAAUUUCUGAAUUACUACUCCCAUGUAAAAAUGUUCGGGCCUAAUAUGUCGUUUAUUGUGUUAUUCAACUAUCACCUUCUUAGGGUUUUGCCAAUAAAAGAUUAAAUCUGUUAUUCAACAUAGAAACGGGAGCUCGAAACUCUUGUGCUGUGUUUCCUUGAUAUAUGAAUCCAGUGUGUAUUGGCUUCGAAGUCAGUCAUAGUUGCCAGCAGGACAUUGACACCUUUGGAUGUCGACUCAGCAGUCUAGCGGUUAGAUGUGUCUACACACGAAACCCAAGAUCCUGGAUUCGACGCCCACGUGUGGGUCCGUUGGUAAACACUCCUGGGAAGUCCCAGACCAGAACAAAACAAACGUCCAGUGCUUCCAGGUUUUCAACGAUGACCUAACUUAGAUCGGUUCGUGAUUUCAAUGAAAUUCAUAGCUUUUAUGAGUUAAUGCUAAUGGAAAUAAUAAUAAACUGAUCGUUUCAUCAAAUUAGUUCCCUCUUAGCGGUCCGAACUUCAAUGUAAAAACCCGUUCAUUUAUUUUAUGACGGCUGAAUUUUUCAAACUCUUUCAUCUAUUCAUUAAAAAUUGUAUAUACAUCCCAUGUAUUCAUCUGGUUGACUGUUGUCUGCUUCAUAAAAUAGGCUUGCGUGUAUUGCGUACAGUAUGCUAUAAUUUUCUGCCUUUUUUAAAAGAUACUUCUAUUUUAGAUGUGGUUCAAUGGUACACAGCCUAAAACACACAUUGAGGAAGCUAAUCGUCAUCUCAACGCUUUAACAACUAGGAUUAAGGAACUGGAAAUACAACUCAAAACUAAGGAGGAAGAGUUAAACAAAAAGGAAGAAGACUUCAACAUAGUUAUGCAGGAAGUACAUGUAAAACGUGAAACAGAAGUAAACAAUCUUAAUGAAUUAAUAUUUAAACAAAAUGUAAAACUCCAACGUUUAGAACGUGAUUUACUCAACCGGGACUCGGAACUCAGCGUUUUACGCAAACGUUGUCGUAUGUUUGAUGAAGUACUUAGAUACAAAGCUACAUUAGCGAAAUUGACUAUUACAAUGGAGCAAGCCGAACAGUAUGCAAAUUUAACAGCUAAAAGUUACCCAGUUAGUGCUAAUAGUAACGGUGUUAAGAGCCCCCUCGAUGUUAUCAACACAGAUCCAAGUCCACUUAUGAUACGAAAUGUUGGUUCGAGCACUGAUAUAACAGAAACUGAUUGUUUAAUUGAAGAAGUUGGGAAAACACUUAUCCAGUCUGAAGGUCAACGAACAAAAUCAUUGGCCCAUAUUGUUAGUAAUGGUCAGUUGUGA